AUGCGUUUUUCAACAGUAAUGUUAAUAGUUAUAUCUUUGUUAUCCUUUUAUGAAACGGCUUCGGUUAAUUUAUAUCAACAACAAAAAGGAACUCAAGACGCUUUCCAGUCAGCUUUGUUGUUUAAUUGUUCAAAAUUUCAAACUUACGAUGAUAUUUUUGAAUCAUUUCCAUUUAAAGUUGAACUUAAUCCAAUCAUGGAACAUUCCAAAAUAACAUUUGGUUUAUUAGAUGUUAAUGGUAAUCUUUAUUAUUUAAAUAUUUUUAAUGAAACAUAUUUUCCAUUAUCUGGUUUUUGUUUCAAACAUUUAAAAGAACUUUAUGUGCGAAAAACAAAUUUUCAGAAUGUCAAUAAUACAAUACCAGCAGAAAUCCAAUAUCUUGCACCUACACUCCUAAAUCUAAGUAUUUAUGAUACUAUCAUUACUCAUUGGCCAUAUGAAAUGAGUAAAUUACGAAAAUUAGAAACAAUACAAUUUUCCAAUACCAGUCUUAAAAUUCUUCCAGAUUUUAUUGGUAAUUUUUUAUCAUUAAAGUUUUUGUCUUUACCAAAUAAUAUGUUGACAUUAUUACCAACAAGUAUUGUUAAUAAUUCAAAAUUACGAGAAAUUAAAUUAGAUAAUAAUCCAAAUCUUCGCUCCAUACAAUCACUUAAUGGUCAUCCUUCUAUAAGAUAUAUAGAAGCAAAGAAUUGUUCAAUCGAGAAUCUUCCUAUUAAUAUACCACAACUAACUGAUUUAUAUAUGUCGAAUAAUAAUUUAAAAAAUCUUAGAAGUAUUCACGCGUUAGGUCAUGCAACAGAUGCUAGAAAAUUUUUUUAUUUUGAUCAAAAUCGUAUACAAUCUAUUACACCACAAAUUCGGUAUGUUAAGAAUCUUUAUUCUCUCAAUCUUAAUGGAAAUCAAUUGAAUAAUAUGCCAUCGAGUAUUCUUUAUAUGAAUACACUUCGUUAUUUAUAUAUUCAAAGCAAUCGUUUUGGUAAUAUUGAAUUGGCAACAAUUAUUUCUAAGUUUAAAAGUAACAAUCCAUCUCUAAAGAUAUGUUAUAAGAGUCAAAUAACUUCAUGA